AUGUCAGAAGAACUUUUACCUGAAGAUGAGAAAAUCGUAAUAGGAGAUGAUGAACCGGAUAAGCCAGAAGGCAUACCAUUUAAUGAAGAUGCCGAUACACAAGUUAUUCAAGAAUCAAAGAGUUCAUUUACACUUAGUGGAAUGAAUUCUCCAAGAUGUCGUCAGCAGAUUGCAGAUUUUACAGAAAAUAAAACAUUACCGCCUCUAUUUGAAAGACAGAAAGUUGCACAAUACGUAAAAAGAUGCCAAAUUGAUGCAAUGAGUGAAGGAAGAUACAAAGAAGCAGAAAAAUAUUACAAUCUAUUCCAUGAAUUCAUAGAUGCAUGCCGUAAUAGUGUUGAUGAUUCAUCAAGAAAAACAGAACAAGAAGAAUAUUAUCAGCAAAUUCAACAAUUAGAGGAUCAACUAUGGCAAAUCAACGAACAAUUCAAAAUGCAAAAGCGAAAACUGAAUGAAGAAAAGGAAAAGAUGUCUGCGCAAGUAAAUCAAACGUAUCAACAAAAGGUUGAAUCAUUUAUUAAAAAAUGGGAAAGUGAUAAUGCAUUAGUUUCGUUUUCUAGACCAUCGUACCAACUUACACAGCUUCGCGAUCGAGAAAAAGCUUUAAUUCGAAAUAAAGAAUGGAAACAAGCAACAAAUUUGAAAAGUGUUGCUGAUCAUUUAGAAGCUGAAGAGACAAAGAAAGCGCAGCAGAGAGCUCAAGAAGCCUGUCAAAAAGAAAGAGACAAAAUUGAAAUUGAAUAUCGUAAAAAACUUGCGGAAGUUGAUCAUAGACUGGAUUACGCCAAAACUAAGAUAGAGAAAAGACACCAAGAUAUGCUUUAUCCUAUUAAUUCCAGAAUUUCAAAACUUCAAUCAGACAUAAAAAACGCAGGAACAGGAUUGACUGCAGAACAGAUCAGAGCGAAAAAUGUUGCUUCCAUUGCUGAGGCAUCUGCUACAUUGACUCCAAGAACCAGAACAAAAUUAAAACAAAUUAAAGAUAGACAAGUUCAGUCUAAACUUAAACUUCAUGGAGUCACUGAUUCACAGACUCAAAAAACCACUGCUCGUGUUCAUUUAGUUAUUCCUAGCUUUGCUGAUACUCCUGUGAAAUAA